GAUGUUUCACUUUCUCAGAUGUAAAACGAAGAUCAGAAACAGAUUUGAAGAGAUGCAAAGUGAAUUGGUACCAACCAGCAUGUCAGAGACAGAGCACAUAACCUCCGUUUCCUCUGAUAAAAAUAUUGGGGAAACAUCUGAAUUAAAGGAAGACUCAUGCAUCUUAUUUUCUGGUGAUGAAAGCUGCAAAUUAGAAAAUGAGUCCAAAGUAUUAUCAUUAAACUGUGAUAGCACGUUAUGUCAGUCUAAUGAACACUGUAGUCAACUUGAAGCACGGGACAAUGCUACUCUGGAUCCUGAUGGAGGUGAUGCUUCUUGUACUAACAGAGACAUUUGCCCUGAAAAUUCUGAACAAAUGUCUGAUUUUCCUAGUGGAGACUUUGCAAAGCCAGUUUCAAAAACAAGUGAAACAGAGCAGGCUGUCACACAAAUAUUGGCAGAAUUACAAUCAUCUACGUUUACAGAAGCCGCUAAAGAAAAGACUUACUCAGAAAGUCCUUACGAUACAGACUGCACCAAGAAACUUAUUUCACAAAUAAAGACUGUUUCAGCUUCAGAAGAUUUGCUGGAAGAAAUAGAGUCUGAACUCUUAUCUACGAAGUUUGCACAGGAACACCGAGUACCAAAUGGGAUGAAUAAGGGAGAACAUGCAUUAGUGCUGUUUGACAAGUGCGUACAAGAUAAGUAUUUGCAGCAGGAGCAUACCAUUAAAAAGUUAAUUAAAGAAAAUAAGAAGCACCAGGAACUCAUCGUAGACAUUUGCUCAGAAAAAGACAAUCUCAGGGAAGAAUUAAAAAAAAGAACAGAGACAGAGAAGCAGCAUAUGAGCACAAUUAAGCAGUUGGAAUCAAGAAUAGAGGAACUUACUAAAGAAGUCAAAGCUUCCAGAGAUAAACUGAUAGCUCAAGAUGUCGCAGCUAAAAAUGCAAUUCAGCAGUUACACAAAGAGAUGGCCCAGCGGAUGGAACAGGCCAACAAGAAAUGUGAAGAGGCCCGGCAAGAGAAAGAAGCAAUGGUGAUGAAAUACGUAAGAGGUGAGAAGGAAGCCUUAGACCUCCGAAAGGAGAAGGAGGGGCUUGAGAGAAAACUUAGAGAUGCAAAUAAGGAAAAUGAGAAGAACACUAACAAAAUUAAACAGCUCUCUCAGGAGAAAGGCCGGUUGCACCAGCUGUAUGAAACAAAGGAAGGAGAAAUGACUAGACUCAUCAGAGAAAUAGACAAAUUGAAGGAAGACAUCAACUCUCACAUCAUUAAAGUGAAGUGGGCACAGAACAAACUCAAGGCUGAGAUGGAUUCUCACAAGGAAACUAAAGAUAAACUCAAAGAAACGACAACAAAGUUAACACAGGCGAAGGAGGAAGCAGAUCAAAUACGGCAAAACUGUCAAGACAUGAUAAAAACAUAUCAGGAAUCAGAAGAAAUUAAAUCAAAUGAGCUUGAUGCAAAGCUUAGAGUCACAAAAGGAGAACUUGAAAAACAAAUGCAAGAAAAAUCUGACCAGCUAGAGAUGCAUCAUGCCAAAAUAAAGGAGUUGGAAGAUCUGAAGAGGACAUUUAAGGAGGGUAUGGACGAGCUGCGGACACUAAGAACCAAGGUAAAAUGUCUAGAAGAUGAACGAUUAAGAACGGAAGAUGAAUUAUCAAAAUACAAAGAAAUCAUCAAUCGACAAAAAGCUGAAAUUCAGAAUUUAUUGGACAAAGUGAAGAUUGCAGAUCAGACACAGGAACAACUUCAGAGAGGCAAACAAGAAAUUGAAAACUUGAAGGAAGAAGUUGAAAGUCUGAAUUCUCUGGCCAAUGACCUACAAAAAGACAUCGAAGGCAGCAGGAAAAGAGAGUCUGAGCUCCUGAUGUUCACAGAAAAGCUCACCAGUAAGAAUGCACAGCUGCAGUCGGAGUCCAGUGCCUUGCAGUCACAGUUUGAUAAACUUUCUUGUAGUGAAAGUCAGUUACAGAGCCAAUGUGAACAAAUGAAACUGACAAAUAGUACUCUGGAGUGUCGAUUGCUAAAGGAGGAAGAGCUGCAUAAGGAGGAAGUGCAGGCCCUACAGGCCGAGCUCAGUUGCAGGCAGGCAGAAGUCACAGCACUGAGUACCCGGGUGGAGGAGCUGAAAGAUGACCUAGUCACUCAGAGGCGGAAGCAUGCGUCUAGCGUCAAGGAUCUAACCAAACAGCUUCAGCAAGCACGAAGGAAGUUAGAGCAGAUUGAGAGUGGAAACUACGAUAAAGAAGUGAGCAGCAUGGGAAGUCGUUCCAGUUCAUCAGGGUCCCUUAAUGCUCGAAGCAGUGCGGAGGACCGAUCUCCAGAGAACACUGGGUCAGCAGGUGCUGUGGAUAACUUCCCGGAAGUAGACAAAGCCAUGUUGAUUGAGAGGAUAGUUAGGCUGCAGAAAGCACAUGCACGGAAAAAUGAGAAGAUAGAAUUUAUGGAGGAUCACAUCAAGCAGCUGGUGGACGAGAUUAGGAAAAAGACAAAAAUAAUUCAAAGUUACAUUCUACGGGAAGAAUCAGGGACACUUUCCUCAGAGGCAUCUGACUUUAACAAAGUCCAUUUAAGUAGACGGGGUGGCAUCAUGGCAUCUUUAUAUACAUCCCAUCCGGCUGAUAGUGGGUUAACUCUGGAACUUUCUUUGGAGAUUAAUCGAAAAUUACAGGCUGUUUUGGAGGAUACAUUACUGAAGAAUAUUACUUUAAAGGAAAAUCUACAAACACUUGGAACAGAAAUAGAACAUCUUAUUAAACACCAGCAUGAGCUAGAACAGAAGACAAAGAAAACUUAGUCCAACGUUCUGGCUGGGAAACAGACAAACCCACGCAGGAGUAGGUGCCAUUGACCAGUAGUGUCGGAAACUUUCCCCCUGCUUUGUGUGUCAACCUGUGAAAGUCUGUUUUGCUCAUGUGUAUAAAGUGUCCCUUUACAAUA